AUGAUCUCAAUAGAUUGGACAUCAAUAUAUAAUAUUCUUACAGUUUUUAAUCAAGAAGAAGAAGACCAACAACUCCAACAAAUACCAGAGAGACAAAUAUAUUUAGCAAACCUGCGUGAAGAUAAUCUGACAUAUGUAGAUAUAUUUUAUCGUAAACUAUUAAAGACUAUUAGUAAUACAUAUUCACAAGUUUACCAUAUUUGCACCAAAAAUCAAAAUCAAGCAGAACAAAGAAGUGAAUCAGAACAUUUGGAAACUUAUAGUCAGGAACAAGUAACAAAUCCAGAGGAAAGUGAGAAUAAUGAGCAUAACGAAAAUGAUAAUUUUUUGUCUUCAUUAUCUAAUUCAAUAAAUAUUAAUGGUAUCUUAGAAAAUUUAACAAGUUAUGGACUUUCCUUAAUUAUGAAUCCUCCCCCCAUUAAUAUAGUUUGCAUAUAUCAAGAUUAUAUAUGGGUAUUAAGUGAAUAUAAUGAUAUAUAUGAAUACCUUUAUAGUUGCAUAUAUUCAGAUGGAUCUAUAGUUUUCUAUAGAGAUAAUAAUACUAACUUAGCUCCAAUUGAGACUAUUUGGAUAUCAGAAUUGACAUUACCAUCUCAGACAGGUCUCUCACAUCCUAGAAAGUUGGAACUCAAUAAUGAGUCUAGAGUUAGGAAUAUUACAUUAAGCAUAGUAACACAAACAGUUACUCUUAAGAUGUAUUUGCUUGAAUUGUUAUGUGCACUUAUGGUGAACUCAUAUACUCAAGUUUUAGACUUUGAUACUAAUCCAUUUCAUUUAUAUAAUUUUCAGUUAAAACAGAGAUAUCUAAAUGGGAUACUACAACAGGCUAGGUAA